AUGGCCUUCACGGACCUGCUGGACACCCUGGGUGGUGUGGGUCGCUUCCAGCUCGUCUCCACGGCCCUGCUGCUGCUUCCCUGCAGCCUGCUGGCCUGCCACAACUUCCUGCAGAACUUCACGGCCGCCGUGCCCCCCCACCACUGCCAGAGCCCCGCCAACCACAGCGCGGCCGCCCUCUACGGCUCGGGGGCCUGGCUGAAAGCCACCGUACCCCUGGACCCGCUCGGGCUCCCCGAGCCGUGCCGGCGCUUCACACGGCCUCAGUGGGCCCUCCUGAGCCCUAACGCCUCUGUCCACGGGGCAGCCACGGAGGGCUGCAAGGACGGCUGGGUCUACGACCGCAGUGUCUUCCCGUCCACCAUCGUGACGGAGUGGGACCUGGUGUGUGAGGCCCGCACCCUCCGCGACCUGGCUCAGUCCGUCUACAUGGCUGGGGUGCUGGCAGGCGCCGCUGUGUUUGGCAGUAUUGCAGACAGGCUGGGCCGCAAGGCCCCCCUGGUCUGGUCAUACCUGCAGUUGGCAGUUUCGGGGGCAGCCACGGCGUACUUCAGCUCCUUUGGCACCUACUGCUUCUGCCGAUUCCUGAUGGGCAUGACCUUCUCCGGCAUCAUCCUAAACUCUCUCUCUCUGGUCGUGGAGUGGAUGCCCACCCGGGGCCGGACCGUGGCGGGGAUCUUGCUGGGGUACUCGUUCACCUCCGGUCAGCUCAUCCUGGCGGGCGUGGCGUACCUGAUCCGCCCUUGGCGGUGGCUGCAGUUUGCGGUCUCUGUCCCCUUCCUCGUCUUUUUCCUCUACUCUUGGUGGCUGCCAGAGUCGUCUCGAUGGCUCCUCCUCCACGGCAAGACCCAGGCAGCUCUGAGGAACCUGCGGAAGGUGGCUGCGAUGAACGGGAGAAAGGAGGAAGGGGAAAGGCUGACCAAGGAGGUGGUGAGCUCCUACAUCCAGAGUGAGUUUGCAACUGGUCGCCCCUCCAACUCAGUCUUGGACCUCUUCCGAACCCCAGCCAUCCGUAAAGUCACGUGCUGUCUCAUGGUGGUCUGGUUCUCCAACUCCCUGGCUUACUACGGCCUGGCCAUGGACCUGCAGAAGUUUGGGCUCAGCGUGUAUCUGGUACAGGUCCUGUUUGGCGUCAUAGACAUCCCGGCCAUGCUGGUGGCCACCACCACCAUGAUUUACGUGGGCCGCCGGGCCACAGUGGCCUCCUUCCUCAUCCUGGCCGGCCUCAUGGUGAUCUCGAACAUGUUUGUGCCGGAAGAUAUGCAGAGCCUGCGCACAGCCCAGGCAGCACUGGGCAAAGGCUGCCUGGCCAGCUCCUUCAUCUGUGUGUACCUGUUCACGGGAGAGCUGUACCCUACGGAGAUCAGGCAGAUGGGAAUGGGCUUUACUUCGGUCAUCGCCCGGCUCGGGGGCCUCGUGGCCCCACUGCUCACCAUGCUCGGGGAGUUCAGCGCCGUCCUGCCGCCCGUGGGCUUCGGGGCCCCCUCGAUCCUGGCCGGGCUGGCCGUCUGCUUCCUGGCUGAGACACGCAACGUGCCCCUGGUGGAGACCAUCGAGGCGAUGGAGAGGAGAGUCAAAGAACGCCUGUCCAGGAAGGAUGCAGAAGAGAAGGGUGAAGAAGUUUCUCUUCAGCAGCUGGGAGUCUCGCCCCUCAAGGAAACCAUCUAA